AUGAAAUCUGCCUUGAGGCUGGUAGAGGAAUGGUGUUCGGAAACGAAUCUAUCGGUCAAUCCUACCAAGACGGAGUUAUUGGUAGUGACGCGAAAGGUAAAAUAUUUGGGAGUAACUUUCUCUAGUAAUCUUUCUUGGAAAGCACAGGUUGAGAGGACAGUUAACAGGGCGAGAAAGAAUCUAGCCACAAUUAGUAGAAUGGUUGGAAGUACGUGGGGACUUACGCCGGCUGCGGCUCAUUGGAUUUAUAGCUGUAUAAUUUUACCAAGAUUGUUUUUCGGUGCGGUGAUAUGGUGGGAAGGCGUACAGAAUCUCAGGAUUGGGAGUAGAUUGGAGAGUUUACAACAUAUAGGAUUGAAGAGGAUACUUGGCGCGUUUCGGAGUUCUCCGACGAGGGCGAUGGAGGCGAUGUUGGCAAUGCCGCCGCUUCUGUUUCGAAUAGAAGAGGUAGCGAUUCGUACGGCGAAACUUCUGCGAGAUUGGGGAAAGUGGCGGCCGACGGACAAAGGUCAUUCGUCUAUAUUGAAGAGCUGUAUACCUGAAACAGAGAAAAACUUGUUAAUGACUCUGGAAUCUGCGACGGACAAGAUUAGUAUGACGUUUCGAUUUGGGAGAAAAUUUCGAACGGCGAUCCCUGAAAGAGAUGAGUGGAAGAAUGGUAAGUUGGAAAGGUUUACAGGAUGGAAUGCAUGGUUUACGGAUGGUAGUAAGGAUGAGGAGAGUGCUACGGGAUGUGCAUGGGUCUCGGAGUUGUCGGGCGAGAGUGGAUCUGAAUAUUUAGGGAAAUUUGCCACGGUGUAUCAGGCGGAGGUAGUGACUGUAUUGAGGUGUGCGGAGGAAUUGAUGAGCAGGGGGGUCAGAGGUAAUAAUAUAGUCAUCUUUACUGACAGUGAAUCGACGGUGAAGACGAUGGAGAGAUCAAGCUUUAAGUCGGCGAUUGCUUUGGAAUGUUGUGACAUCUUGAAUGAAUUAGCAUUGGUUAAUAGGAGAGUGAUCUUGUGCUGGUGCCCGGGACAUAGAGGAGUCUCUGGUAAUGAAGAAGCUGACAGAUUGGCGAAACUUGUAGUGAAGGAAGGAAGACAAGGGGUGGAGCCUUGGUUACCGGUGUCAUAUGCGGGGUUCAAAUCAGAAUUGAAGAGAUUUUCGCUUUCCCGUUUGACAAGUAGAUGGUCUGAGACGACGAAUUGUAGACAAGGGAAGGAAAUGAUAGGUGAGAUAAAUGUGAGUAAGGCUAGAAUGAUAUUGAAGAUGAAAAGGGCCGAUGUUCGAAUUUUGACGUAUGUUUUAACGGGACAUGCUCCGCUGAAUUAUCAUUUGUUUAGGAUGGGAGUUCGGGAGAAUGGGCAAUGUAUUUGUGGCUCGGGCGAGUUGCAGUCGGUUAAGCAUCUGUUAGUUAAUUGUGACAGAUUCAUUAGGAAGAGACGUGAAGUGUUUGGUAAUCUGGAUUUGUUUGACUACGAUCUUGAUAUGUUGUCCUAUGAGAAAUUGAUAAGGUUUUUUAGGGAGAUUGAUCAAUGGGACAGAGUGGUAGGAGCCUUGUUUUAA